AUGGUUGCUCAUACUUCUACAAGAAUGAACGAAUCAACUAUGACAGCUGGAAGAAACCGAUUCGGUCCAUCUAACCCUUAUUCUCAACAAGCCAAGCACCAGAACAGAGCAUCUUCCAUGUAUUCUGACGCCGAAAACAGAGGAACAAGCAGACCCUCUGCAACCCAGAGAGAUCAAGAAGCUCUUGAUAUACUGGUCAAUCGCAUGGACAACCUAUUAGUCGAAUAUAAUAGCAUUGUCCAAACUUUGGAAUCUCGUCAAGGAUCUGAAGCAAGUCUAUUCGAUGACACUAUUUCACAAACCCACAGGGGUCGUUCUGAGGGACUAGACUCCCUUGAUCAACUUCAUAUCGGUUCGAUGAGUGAUUAUCGACACCAUUCGUCUUCUACCGCAGGACACUCUGGAUAUUCCCCUCAUCCUCCUCCAGCACGAGGAGCACCACCACCACCUCCUCGUCCUCUUCCCCUUCAUGACAGUGACCACUGCCAUGAUCAUUCCAUGGAUCCAGAUGUUAUCAGGUGGACAGAUGGGCGCUCGACCCCUUUAUCGACACCCCUCUCGCAUUCUACCAAUUCUCAGGUCAAUGUCGGUUCUAGACAUGAUGGAAAGGAUGUGCCCAGUGACGAAUUACCAACCUCGUUCCCGUCGGGCACAAGCAAUACACUGUUGGUUUAUCCCCGAACCCCCUGGGGAGAUCGUGUUGUGAGAGAAGUUACAGUCAAUCCUAGUCUAACAGACGUGCAAUGGACACAUAAAGAUAUGACUCGCGGGCUUCGCUUGUCUACCACCGAUGGAUUUGAUGAGAAACGGGUAGUACCUGGUACCAUCUUCCCCUCUACGAUUGGUAAUAAGGAACCUACGGACGAAGACUUCUGGCAGCUCGUUGAAAUUCACAAAGACGAUCGGAAAGAAGAAUUCGCUGUUUGGCAUCCUGUUGAUAGAGGUUUCACAUAUCUUGAUGUUCGAGAUUGCCCGCCACCACCUUCACAUUUUCGUUCAAUCGGAACUUCUUCAAGACCCGGGUCAGAUAUUUCGUAUAGUCGCAGACCUGGUAACACCGUUGAUUUGAGUGUCGCUACUCAAGUCGCAUCAGGAAACGAAAUGCGAAGCCCCCUUCGCCCCAUGAACUCCUUCAAGGGACGAAGUUCCAGAAUGACUGGAACUGAAAGGACAAGCUUUAGCCAAAAUGAUCGCAUGCCCACUGGACAUAUAGCUGUAACGCGGCUACCAAAAGCUCCACCAUCAUAUCCACUAACUCCAUAUCCACCCCAACCCAGUGAUAUUUACAGUGGUACCCACAGUGUGUCGAGAAUUGGGGAUAUGGGGUUUGCUCCCAGUAGUCGUCAAUAUGGCAGAUCAUUCAACAAUAAUGGAAGAAGUCAAUAUCCCUCCUAUGAACAGUUUUGA